AUGGCAGAAAUUAAGGGGAGGAGGGACAGGAGGCAGGAUUUGACCAGAGCUGUGUCUGGUGUCGUGGGCAGGGCUGAUGUCUUGGCUUGCCUGCUGUUCUUGCUGACUUUUCUCUCCUAUAUUAGAAGUGUGGGUGGGUGUGUCUCGGAAGACUCUGUGCCAUCCACUGCCUCGGUGUGGUCUCUGGUCAUCAGUUUGCUGCUGGGCACCUGCGCCAUGUUAGUGAAGGAGACAGGCAUUACCGUGUUUGGAGUUUGUAUGCUCUAUGAUGCCCUGGUUCUCUGCCACAAGCCUCUUGUAAAUCACCUAUAUGGCUUCAGACCCAGCAACCUCCUCUAUAGCUCCUUUAUCAAACGAGCCUGUGUGAUAUCUGGAUAUGUUGUGAUCAUCAUGUCACUCAGACUGUGGCUGAUGGGAGGGUCCAUGCCUCUCUUCUCUGAACAGGACAACCCUGCUUCCUUCUCCCAAUAUCUGCUCACCAGGAUUUUGACCUACUCAUAUCUUCUGUCAUUCAAUGCCUGGCUGCUGCUCGCCCCUAUCAUGCUCUGUUAUGACUGGCAAGUGGGCAGCAUCCCCCUGGUGGAAUCUCUGACUGACUUGCGCAACAUUGCCACAAUGCUUCUGGCCAUUGUGAUGAUUUCUUUUUGCCUGCACUGCAUCCUCUCACUGCAGAGACAAGAGAGCAGGGAAGUGUUAGUGGGACUAUUGUUCCUGGUGUUUCCAUUCAUUCCUGCAAGUAACCUCUUCUUCAAUGUUGGAUUUGUUGUGGCAGAGAGGGUCCUCUACAUGCCCAGUAUGGGCUACUGUAUCCUGGUGACUCAUGGUCUGGGUCGGCUGUGUUCAUUGGUUGGUCGAUGUGGUACCACAGUGCUCAGUGUCUCCAUGCUACUACUCCUCCUGCUCUUCUCCUUGAAGACGGUCCAACAGAACUAUGUCUGGCUUUCAAGGGAGGCACUUUUCAAGUCUGGUAUCCAGACUUUGCCUCACAAUGCCAAAGUUCAUUACAACUACGCUAAUUUCCUGAAAGACAGUGGUCGUCAUGAGGAGGCCAUUCACCACUACACCACUGCCCUCAGGCUGUAUCCACGACAUGCCAGUGCCUUAAACAAUCUUGGCACUCUGACACACAGUGCAGAGGAGGCUGAGCACUACUACAGAAAAGCACUGGUCACGAACCCUCAACAUAAUCGAGCUCUCUUCAACCUAGGAAACCUCCUAAAGUCCCAGGGAAAGGAGAAAGAGGCUGAGGCUCUGCUUAUAGACUCCAUAUGCUUUGGUCCACAUUUUCCUGAUGCAUACUCCAGUCUGGCAUCACUCUAUGCUGAACAGAAACGCUUUUCUGAAGCCAAUGCAGUGUAUCUGAAAGGCCUAGAGAACUGUCCAGACAACUCAGACCUGCAUAAUAACUAUGGAGUGUUUCUGGUGGAUACAGGAAAGGAAGACCUAGCAGCAACUCAUUACCAGGAAGCAGUUCGGCUCAAACCAGCACACUAUGUGGCCAUGGUGAACCUGGGCCGUCUGCUCCGAUCAUCCAAUGAUAACAAAGCAGCAGAGUCUUGGUACAAGAGGGCACUGCAGGUGACGAGGAAGGUGGAAAUCCUGACACCACUUGGAGCCCUAUACUACAACACAGGCCAUUAUGAAGAGGCCCUGCAGGUGUACAGAGAGGCCGUUGCCCUCCAGCCAGACAGCACUGACAUCUGGCUGGCUCUGGCUCAGGUUCUAGUCAUGGCUGGUUAUACCACAGAUGCUAAGAAGAUGACCUUGGACAUCAUAUCCAGAGGUGACAGCUGUAUUGAAUGUUACCGCCUCCUGUCUGCCAUCUACAGCAAGCACGGCAACUUUACAGAGGCUCUGGAUGCUCUGGACAGGGCCUUGCAACAGAAUCCCAGUGAUGUGACAGUACAAGCAGAGCUGUAUUUCUCCAAAGGAAACCAACUCAGAGAGAUGAACCAGCUGGAACAAGCCUUUGAGAGCUAUAAGCUUGCUGUUGAACUCAAACCUGACCAGUCGCAGGCCUGGAUGAACAUGGGAGGGAUUCAACACAUUAAGGGAGACUAUGCAGCAGCCAGGAUGUACUACCAGCGAGCUUUGCUGCUGAGCCCUGGUUCUAAACAUCUGAAGGAAAACCUGGCCAAGCUGGACCGUCUAGAAAUGAAACAGACAGGAGGGGAACAACUGCCACAACAAACGCUGCAUCAUCCUGGACAUGGAUCAGACGAGGAAGGCCCUGUCGAGACAACUGGAGACUAAAUACUAGCCACCAGACUACUUGAUAACAUGAACAUGGACAUAGACAGUGGGUUUGGUGUGCUCAGUCCAGAAACCAUCCAUGGUUGAAGAUCUCUAUAAACACUAUGAAACUGCAUCGUCUGCAUCAGCUCUACUUUAACCCACACAUGUGCUUUAGACAUUUGUGUUUGAUUGAUUUAAACUAGCUAGACGAGAUUAGCUUUAUCACAGAUUAUAUUAUAUUAUAUUAUAUUAUGUUUAGGGCCAUCAACAGAUAUUUAUUUAUAUAAAAUCAUGGAAUGAAUGUAGAAAGAGAAAAAGAGAGAAAAAGAAAUACAAAAGAAAAAACAAUUGACAGAAUGAAGUGAUGGGUGAUAAAUUUAAAGGUCAGGUGCAAAGGUCAUGAUGCUCUGUUCGGUGCUGUGAAAGAGAGAG